AUUAGAAGAAAUAUUGGAAGAAACAGAAUUCAGGACAGGAUGACUAGAUUAAGGUUGGUUCUGGCAGGACAUAAUUCACUAUUAUUGACAAAACAUGAGAAAUGUUGUGAAUUUAAAACAACAAAGUAGUAGUAAUGUAAAACUGUAGGAAACACCAGAGGCAAAGAACAGAACUAACAAGGAGUCUUGAACAGGAAAAGGUGUAACUUGUUUUAAAAAAAGUACGUUUGAUGAGAAAAAAUUUGUAAUUGGUUUGGGGAAGAUAAUAUAGUUUACCGGUGGGUGGCAGUAAUGCACCAAACUGUUGUUUACUAACCCGCCAUUACAACUCAAGAAGAAGAACGUUUAACCAUUUGAUAGAGAUGAAAUAAUUCUAAUUUUUUUCAUCCAUACGUAGAGGAAGGAUUUGGAUUUAACUAAAUAUUUUAAUGUCUGUGAUUAAAAAAUAUAUUUUCAUUUUUUAGAGAAUGAUUCAGCUCCUAUGGAAAGCGACUAAAAAAAAUAAUCCAUCUUUAUAAUCUUCAAAGAGGACGGGGAGAUUCUUCAUUAGGUCCACUGCUCGGUAUCAACUCAAAUAAUCCAGGUCCUCGACAGCAUCAUGUCUCUAAGGACAUUAGAUGUUGUUCCUAACAUUGGAAAACAAAGGAGCACAAAGGAGCAGAAAGAAAUGGAACCAAAUCAGACGACCGAAGUAAAUAAAGAACCAGAGCUUCAAUCAAUCGAGGAAAAAAGGGUUGAACUCUGGAUUUUUCAGGAAGAAGGGCUGCCUUUAUUGAAGCAGGAGAUCAGCACCUCUAUAGUGACUCCUGGUUACAAGGAGGAACCAGAACCUGUACCAGUUAAGGUCGAACUGGAGGAACCAGAAGCUGUACAGAUUAAAGAGGAAGAGAAGAGAAUGGAACUGAAUGAGAUGAAAGAAGAACCAGAAUCUAAACCAAUUAGAAAGGAGCAGGUUGAACUGCAGUUCUCUCUGGAUGAAGGGCUUCAUUUAGUGAAGCUGGAGAACAACACCUCUAUGGUGACUGCCGCUGACAAGGAAUGGAGGAUGGAGGCAAAGGAGGAACCAAAACCUGUAGGGAUUAAAGUGGAAGAGAUAGACAUAGAACCAGCGCAGAUGAUUGACACAGAGAAGAAACCAGACCCUUUCCCAAUGAAAGAACAAGCUAAACUCAAUAUCAUCCAGAACAAAGUGCAACCUUUAGGGAAUCAGGAGACCCAGCCCUUUAUUCUGACUCCUGCCGUUGAUCAGAACGACUACAGUGAACCAGAAACAAUCAAGAAUCAUAUGCUUAGUUUAACGCUCCCUCAUAUUCAACAAACCUUAACCAUGGACACCAGAAAUAACACUGCAUCAGAGUCUUUUGUUUGUGAAACAUGCAGUAGAGCUUUCUCCUUCAGUUGUAGUCUGGUUCGUCACAUGAGAACUCACAGUGGUCAGAGGCCGUUUCCUUGUGAAUUGUGUGAAAGGUCUUAUUGCGACCGUAACACUUUGAAUAAUCACAUGAGAACUCACACAGGUGAGAAGCCGUUUAUUUGCAAAAUGUGUAGUAAGUCUUUCACUAAGAGUAGUAGUUUGGUUUGUCACAUGAGAACUCAUAGCGGUGAGAAGCCGUUUGCCUGCAAAAUGUGUGACAAAUCUUUCAACAGAAAAAGUAAUUUGGUGUAUCACAUGAAAACUCACUCUGACGAUGAGCCCUUUGCCUGCAAAAAAUGUAAUAAAUCUUUCAGUGAAGAAAGUAUUUUGGUUUAUCACUUGAAAACCCACUCUGGUGAUGAGCCCUUUUCUUGUACAACGUGUGAUAAAUAUUUCAGUAGACAAAGUAAUUUGAAUCGCCACAUGAGAACUCACACAGGUGAGAAGCCUAUCUCAUGUAACACCUGUGGUAAAAAAUGUCUAAAACCACAAUCUUUGGAAAGGCAUAUCAGAACUCAUAGAGGGGAGAAGCCGUAUCUAUGUUCAACCUGUGGUAAAGGCUUUAGUGACAGAAGUAAUAUGCAGAGACACAUGAAAAUUCACACAGGUGUAAAAUCUUUCUCAUGUGAAACCUGUGGAAUGAAACUUUCCAGACCGCAGUAUCUAAAGGCACACAUCAGAACUCAUUCAAAGAAGAAGCAGUAAACAUGCUAAAUUAGACAGAUGAAAAGGCUUCUUCCUGUACCCUUUGUGGUACGUCAUUUCCUGACAAAAGUCGACUCCCCAGUCUCAAGAGAACUCACACAGGUACUAAACCAUAACCUUAACCGACUCUUGUGACUAUUGUUUUAUACGUCGUUUUAUUUUGGCUUUUGAGCCUAAUGCUUCAUAUUUGUAAGAUGGGUAACUGGUACAUUGUCACAUUACUUGAAGUGUUUGGUUAAUAAAUUCUUCUUUUUUGAA